AUGCGCUCUCGAUUAGGAUCUAUCCAUGGACCAGUUCUCUUUGAAAUUUUCAAAUAUCUCCAUUCCAAGCAUUUACUCUCUUCCAUUGUGUUGGUGUGUCGGGAAUGGAAAGCCAUUGUUUCCGAAUGUGUUCUGAAAUUGGAAUUAAAAGAAAAUGAUUAUCCAUCAUGGUUGAAAGAACAAAUGAAUAUCUUUGGAAACCAUCCGAAUCCAAAUAGCACGGUGAUGUGUCCACAAACCACCAUCUAUUCUCAUGUGUAUCAAUUAAUGACAUCGAUCGGAGUUUUUGAAAAUUUACAAGAUCUUUCUCUGAUUGGAUAUGAAGACUUGAUGAGUAGUGAUCUUUUGUGGCACUUGUUGGUAACUUUGAAACAUUUGAAACGAUUACUCCUCUCUGAUUGUCAUUUAUUGGAAGGACAAUUGGCAAGAACAUUGACCUUUUCAAACGAAAGAACCAAGUCGAAUCACAAUGAUGAUGGUUUUAAUAAGGAAGGAGAAUAUCGAGGGUUCUUUUCAUCAUGGUUUUCAAAAAAGAACAAAACAAAUACAACCGAGACAUUGGAAUCGUCGUCAUCUUUAGAAAAAAGUUCAAAUAGACAUCGACCUGUGAAAUAUUCAGAAAGGAAUACUGUGGUAUUGAAAUUUGAGAGAGUACCACACAAAACUUUCAUCCCACCACACUGUGUGGAACAUUUAACAUCCCUAUGUUUAUUCAAAGUACAUGUACCGAUUGUCUUGUAUGACAUCUUGAUGAAAAAAUUAGUGAACUUGAAAGAAUUUCGAAUGGUAGAUUGUAAUCUUACAAAAUUUGAAAUCUUUUCAUCCUCGAAUUCACUUUCACAUGUUGAGAUUAAUCGAACUAAUUGUGAUAAUGCAACAAUUACCAUCAGUGAAAAGAAGGAGAACUUGAUUACACAGACUUUGGAAUUUUUAGUGUUGAAUAAUGUGUCCAUCGAGAGCAAUCGUGCAUGGAACUUUUUUGCAAAUUGUUCAAAAUUGAAGACAUUGAAAAUGAGAAAAUAUGUUUCAGUACCGACAUCAAGUAAUUCAUCAUCUACCAUGACGACGACGACAAGUAUUGAGAAUUUAUGUGUGGAGGGCAUUGGAGUGGAUUCCUAUUUUUUCAAAGCACUGAAUCAAUGGACGCCAAAUUUAAAGCGAAUGGAAAUUCUUCAUUGUUCAUCGUUGGUCGCUCAAGAACCAUUGUUAAGUGUCAUUACUGAGAAUUUCAAACAACUCACGCAUCUCAGAGUUGUAAAUGUACGAAAUUUGGCAUCUUCUGACAUUCAUUCACACACAUUAGAAUAUUUAGAUCUUUCAAGUAAUAAGGAUCUACAGUGCGCCAUUCAUUGCAAUUCUCUCAAAUAUUUAAAUCUUGGAGGAACAGCCAUUACCGAUGCAGAGAAGACCAAGAUUGUCAUGAAGAAUAGCUCUCUAGAAGAAUUAAAUUUACCCAUGAUGGAUUCGAAUGAAGCCAUUGGAAAUGCAUGGACACUGGGAAAGUUAAAGCGUUUAGAUUUAUCCUACAAUCGUAAAGUCGAUGAUGAUCGAUUGGCAGAAAUAUUACAAUUCAUGAACUUAUUGGAAUAUUUAAAUUUGAAAAUGUGUAAAAAUAUUCACCAAGUUCCUCUCAAGAAAAACAGCAAUUUGAAAACCUUACUAUUGAGUGGAACUCAAAUUACAGAUGAAUCAUUAAUGAAGGUCACUCUAUUAACACCAGAGUUGCAAAGAUUGGAUAUUGAUUGCUGUGGAAUGUUGAAAGAUCCACAAUUGUCUCAUCUCCACAAAUUAUCCUCUCUGGAUGUGAGUGAAAAUAUUUCCUUCUCUUUAAAAACCAUUCUUGGUUUGGUCAAACAAAUUCCCUCACUGAGGUAUUAUUAUGCACGAUGGUUUUCAAAUUUGAUUUCUAAUUUGACAAAUACGAAGGAGUUGAUGGAUGCAUUUAGGAAUUUAUUAUUAUUGGAUUUGACUGGAAGUGCUUCUUCAACAUGUACAGUUCUUAAUCAAUUGAGGGAUGAGUUUAAAGAUUUGAUCAUUGUUUCAAAAACACCAUCCUUCAGGUGUGAUGUCAUACCUUAUCCUUUUACAGUCUUUGGAACCAAGCUGUAA